CUAACCUCCUUGGCUCUGACGCUUUUAAAGCUGCAAUAUAUGUGUUUUUACUGCUAAGAGUUACAAUCUCAUAUUUGUUUUCCUAAAUUGAAAUUAUGCUUAAUAUUAAUUCGAACUUUUUUCCAAAAGGCAAAAAGACAUAGCUUAACUGUCUUAGUAGCGUUUGUUUGUGUCGUUGUGAAGAAUUGUGAACACAAUCUGAAAUCUGUGAAUCCUGUGAAAUCUAUCUCUUAUUUUUGGAUUUUUAUCGGAUAAAUUUUGAUUUAGCUUCAGGUUUUUCCAUAUUAAAAUAUUGUUAAUGGCGACGAAUAUACGGCAACAGUUAGCCGCUCUUGCAAGUUUAGGUGGGACACCGAAAGAUCAAGCCGAUCGGUACCGUAGUAUUUUGGAUACUAUUGUAAAGAGUAAUGACAGUAAUGAGCUGAUCGAAGGUCUUAAAGCAUUUGUUGAAGCAAUUGUUAAUGAAAAUGUAAGUUUAGUGAUAUCACGACAGCUUUUGACUGAUGUUGGAAAUAACUUAAUGAAGUUGCCUGAUGAUGUUUCAAGAGUAGUAUCUCAUUACACUUUGGAUAAAGUGCAGCCACGUGUUGUUUCUUUUGAAGAACAGGUGGCAAGUAUUAGGCAACACCUAGCUGAAAUCUAUGAAAAAGAACAGAGUUGGAGGGAAGCUGCAAAUGUUCUGGUUGGAAUACCUUUGGAAACUGGCCAGAAGCAGUAUUCUGUGGAUUACAAAUUAGACACAUAUUUAAAGAUAGCUCGGCUUUAUUUAGAAGAUGAUGAUCCUGUUCAGGCUGAAGCAUUUAUUAAUAGAGCAUCUUUAUUACAAGCAGAGUCAAAAGAUGAGCAAUUACAAAUAUAUUACAAGGUUUGUUACGCUAGAGUUCUAGAUUACAGGAGAAAGUUCAUUGAAGCUGCUCAGCGGUAUAAUGAGUUAUCAUACCGCACAAUUAUACAUGAAGAAGAACGAAUGAGAGCUUUAAAAAAUGCUUUGAUCUGUACCAUUCUUGCAUCAGCCGGUCAGCAACGUUCUAGAAUGUUAGCUACUUUAUUCAAAGAUGAAAGAUGUCAACAGUUGCCCACAUAUGGAAUCUUAGAAAAAAUGUAUCUAGAUAGAAUAAUCAGACGAAGUGAACUACAGGAAUUUUCUGUCAUGCUACAACUUCACCAGAAAGCUACUACACCCGAUGGUUCAACUAUUUUGGACAGAGCUGUAAUAGAACACAACUUACUUUCUGCUAGCAAGUUGUACAAUAACAUAACUUUCGAGGAAUUAGGAGCACUUCUUGAAAUCCCUCCAGCUAAAGCUGAAAAAAUUGCAUCUCAGAUGAUUACUGAAGGUAGAAUGUAUGGGUACAUUGAUCAGAUUAAUUCCAUUGUAAAUUUUGAAACAAAAGAAGUUCUUCCAUCCUGGGACAAACAAAUCCAGAGCCUGUGCUUUCAGGUUAAUAACAUUAUAGAGAAAAUUACUCUUCAUGCACCUGACUGGAUGGCUCAAGCAAUGGAAGAACAAAUGGUGCACUAACAUUUUGAUUAUUUAAUUAAAAAAGGAUAUUGCACUAUCUGUUGUAGAAAGAAAAAGGACUUUUUGUAUCUGCUUUAUCAGAUAGAAAGGAUAACUAAUAAAAUUUGCUGAACUAUAUGUACAUACAUUUUAAUAUUAUAAUUUUCUUUAAUUUUGGAUUAAAAGAUUUUAAGCAGACAUAAAAAACUGUUCAGGAGAUUAAAAAAGAUUUUAAAAUUUCAUGGCAACUAGCAAACUUUAAUUAGCAUUGCUAAGAAAAAUCAGUAUGAAACAGUUAUAAAAAUUUAUGCAUGCAUUUAGUUAAUAAUUAGCUUAAAUAAAAUAUGUACUACUUAUUACCCAGAAAAA